AUGAUUAACUGGAUCAUGUCCUGUAUAUCUAGUCCUAAAUAUUCUAUUUCUAUCAAUGGAUCUAUUCAUGGCUAUUUCAAGGGUGAACGUGGCCUUAGACAGGGUGAUCCUCUCUCCCCCUAUCUUUUUAUUUUGGGAAUGGAAUAUCUCUCGAGGGAUUUAGAUAUGCUCAAGAAUGAUAAACUCUUCAAAUUUCACCCCAGGUGUGGUAAAUUCAAAAUCACCCAUCUGAUCUUCGCUGAUGAUUUACUUCUCUUCAGUAGAGGAGAUAUAUACUCAGUGGGAAAACUGCACCAGUGUAUUAGAAAUUUUAGCUAUAUCUCUGGUUUGGAGGCAAAUGCAAGCAAAUGCUCUAUCUUUUUUGGUGGUGUUCAGUUAUGUAGAGAUUUCUUAUGGGGAAAAUCCAGCCAGUCCUCCAAAAUGCCUCUAGUUGCUUGGAAUAAUGUUUGUAUGGAUAGAAAGAAGGGAGGUUUAGGGGUAUACUCUGCUACAUCUUGGAAUUUGGCGGCAACUUUAAAAAUCCUAUGGCAAAUUCAUUCAAAUAAGGAGUCUCUUUGGAUCAAGUGGGUUCAUGGGACUUACUUGAGACGAAAUGACAUAUGGAAUGUGACAGCUAAAAAUAGUGACUCCUGGAUGUGGAAACAAAUGAUCAAAGCAAGAGAUAGAGCUGCUCUCUCUUGUGGUGGGAUUAACAAUCUGUUACAGUUGCUAAAUGUUUGCGGCAGGAAUACAAAGUUUCAUAUCUCAGCUUUAUACCAUGAUUUGUUACCUGUUACUCAGCAAGUGCCAUGGCAUUAUACUGUUUGGGAUCAAUUGAGCUAUCCUAAACAUUCUUUUAUAAGUUGGCUUGCUGUCUUGAACAAAUUACUUACUAAGGACAGAUUGAUGAAGAGAGGGCUAAUAAUUGAUGGUUCAUGCUGCUUGUGCUCAGGAGCUGAAUUGGAGAACAGAAAUCAUUUGUUCUUUUCCUGUAAAUUCUCUUCUGAAGUCUGGAAUGGCAUAAUGAGUUGGCUUCAGUUUACCUGGAGAUCAUGUGAGUGGGAUCAUAUCUUGGAGUGGUUUUGUACAAAGUUAAGGGGAAAAGGUUUCAAACAGGGAAUCAGAAGAAUUGCAUUUACGGCAGCAAUCUACAAUAUAUGGACAGAGAGAAAUCUCAGAAUCUUUCAACAGGAGAUUAGAACUGUUACUCAAUUGAUUAAGAGAAUAAAGAUGGACAUUCUAUCUGCUGUUCUCAAUUCACAAGUUCAGGAGAAAUUCCGGCAUUGGUUGCAAUCUUUGUAA